GUAGUCAUAAAUUUGGUAUCUAACUGGACCUCUGUUUAUAAACAUAAUAAAGUUAUUGGCGCCCCAUGGAACUUAGAAGCAUAUUGCCAAAAACUUCAAACGCAACUAAUCAAAGCACCUCGCCUACAGUCGCACCGAACAUGAGGAAGCCCGAAACGGCACGCCUCUACUACUGUCGCUCGUGCCUGGUGGCCUUUCCCCGGUUUCUCGCCUGCAAGCUGCACGAGCAGCUGUGCGACGCGCGUUUAGCCCGGCUGCACAUAUGCAAAUAUUGCCUGACGCUGUAUGGGGAUGAGCAACUGCAUAAGCGUCACAUCCAGCGCAAGCACAUGGAUCGCCGGUAUAUGUGUUUGCAGUGUGGUACGUUUGGCAAGCGCUACAGCUCCUCGAUAUUCCUCUUCAAGCAUGUCGUAUCGUGGCAUGGCGAGCAGUCGCUCUUCUACUGCGCCAUGUGUGCGGACAACUGCAACGACGCGAAAGCAUUUAGCUGUAUGCGUGAUCUGAUUGCUCAUGCCGAGAGCGAGCACAGUCUGCACGGCGAUGGCAGCGUUGUGGACGAGACGGAGGACCUGGAGAUGCUUGAGGAGAACAUAGACGAGCUGCUGCCAACGGUUGACUGGGACGAUGAUUUAACAUUUGGCUGGCCCAUGGAUUUGGACAAAGAGUCAUGCAUUGCCGAUCCGAAGCCAAAGCCCAGCGCUUACGUCUGUCCAAUUUGUGCUAAUGGAUUUACCGGCAGCAUCAGCCUGUUAAAGCAUAUCGAAAAGUCGCAUCAGCGCGAUCCCCUGAUCUGCAUCUUCUGUGGCAAAUUGCACAAAAACCGCGAGGCAGUCAGAGCACAUUUGCAGCGCCAGCACGUCCUACUGCGCGCUCACAUCUGUAGAGUGUGCAAGGCGGACUUUACCACCGCCGAUCAUCUGUUGAAGCACCGAAGAAGCCAGCAUCUGGAGCGUGCCUUUGUCUGUCCCGAAUGCGGCAAGUCCUUUGCCCAAAUUAGUCAUCUAACUCAGCACAUGUUGUCCGAGCGUGGUCAUAUCAAACACAUCUGCGCUCUAUGCAACACGCAGUUCUUUCGCUCCAUCGAUCUCAUGCGCCACACUCAAGUCCAGCACUCACUGCAUCCCUAACAAGCGCACCUGCUGCACCCUGCGUUUGCACACACACACACACACACGCACACACACAUACGUAAAUCGGUCACGCACGCCAGCCUUAACAGUUAAAAGUUUUAAGCGCUAGCCCAAGAGACGUCGGCAAUGCUGACAGCGACGACGACGAUUCGAUCGCAGCAGCCGACAUGAGAGCGUCGCGUCCGUUACAAACUGAGAGCGUCGGAGCGCAACAACAGCAACAGUAACAGCAGCAGCGCAGCAGCAGCAGCAGUGGCAGCUAAGCCAACGGCGAAAUAAACGUUAUUGUCAUUAAAAGUCUCGCUGUUGGCCCACACAGGCGACAGUUUUGAACGAAUCGUGCUUGUGUUUGGAUUGUGCGUCGCCGUCGCCCUCGUCGUCGUCGUUAA